AUGACAAAUGACGCUCUGUUCGAAGCUACAAUUACAAUUCGAAUAAUUAAGAAUUUUGAAUAUCGAACUGUUAAAAAUUUGGUUUUACGAAAUAUCAACUUAGAAACUACUACAGUUGGUGAAUUAAAAAAUAUUAUAAGAGAAAAGAUAAAUGAAACGUCCGCAUUUAAACCCUUUCGGAAUGUAAAUUAUGAUACAUUAAAACUUUACACAAAAGCUCAUGGAUCAAAAACUCAGAAUUUAAUAAUAAAUCUUGAUAACGAUGAUUGGAUUUUGAAUGAUGAAACUACAUUAAUAUCUUGUAAUAUAGAGAAUGAAACAGAAUUGUCUUUUUUUAAUCGUGAAGCUUACGAGGUUUAUAAAACACACCCUGAUGUUAUGAAAUGGGAAUGA